UCAACAUUUUCAGAAUCCUUUCAGUCAGAGAGUGUUUGGUGAUCACUGAGUCAUGAUGCAUGUGUUUUUGGUGGUUUUUGCUUUGCUGCUGUCUCCUCAGGAAGCACAUGGCAGCAGGGCAAACUGCAAACCGGUGACAUCCAGCUUCUGUCAAGGUUUGGGAUACACCACAACAGCACAUCCGACCGGAGUGAUGGGCUACAGCCUGCAGCAGAUCGGUCAGAUGGUUGAGAUCGCAUGCUCACCGCAUGUCGCCACUGUCAUGUGUCGUGUUGUCGUGCCCGAGUGCGGCUCAGAUGAGGACAGCCGGAUGAAACCGUGCCGAGCUCUCUGUGAGAGGGUCAAGACGGACUGUGAUUCUGCCUUCAGGGCUAAGAGGCUGAGCUGGCCCAUGAGGCUGCGAUGUGAGUCUUUACCGGAGAAUAACUGUGUUCAGGGUGCUGCUCCAGAAGCCCGCGCUCCACAGGCCACAUCAACAUGUGAGGCGAUAAGCGUCCCUCUCUGCAAAGAUCUGGAAUACACAGAGACGGUCAUGCCCAACAUUCUCGGCCACAGAACACAGGAAGAUGCAGGCUUAGAGGUUCAUCAGUUCUACCCUCUGGUCAAAGUGGAAUGCUCCCCUCAGCUGAAACCUUUCCUGUGCUCCGUCUACGCUCCUGAAUGUGAAUCUGGAAAACCUCGAGCUGCCUGCAGGACGCUCUGUGAACAGGCCCGCUCCGGCUGUGAAUCUCUGAUGAACAGAUUUGGUUUCCAGUGGCCCGAAGCUUUGAACUGUGAAAAGUUCACCACCGAGGCCUGUGAGCGAAGACCAGCCUUCGUUUUGCCAACAGUACCUCCUGGACAGUGUCAGAAAAUCACCGUCCCUCUCUGCAUCGGCCUGCCCUACACCGAGACCGUGCUGCCAAACCUCUACGGUCAUGAAACUCAAAAGGAAGUGAGCCUGGUUGUACAGACGUUUGCACCACUCGUACAGGUGGAGUGCUCGCCCCAUCUAAAGCCGUUCCUCUGCUCCGUUUUCACUCCGGAGUGUGUGUCAGGAAGACCUCAGCCUCCCUGCAGGACGCUCUGUGAGCAGGCUCGCUCCAGCUGUGAAUCUCUGAUGAACAGGUUCGGGUUUCAGUGGCCAGACCCCCUAAGAUGUGAAAAAUUUACAGCAGAAUCCUGUGAACAUUUUGGAGUGGGCAGCAACGGGGGGAUCUGUGAGCCCAUCACCAUCCCCAUGUGUCAGGGUCUGUCCUACAACCAGACCAUGACUCCAAAUCUCCUGGGCCACACCAACCAAAGAGACGCCAUGAUGAAGAUGUCCUUCUUCAACUCCUUCGUGCAGAAGUGGUGCUCAGUGGACAUCCGCUUCUUCGUGUGUACAGUGUACGCCCCCAAGUGUGUGUCAGGGGAAGUGCAGAAGCCCUGCAGGUCUUUCUGCGAGAGAGCCAAGCGGAGCUGCGAGGGCUUGAUGCGCAGUUUUGGCGUUUCCUGGCCGGAGGAGCUGCAGUGUAACGCUUUCCCUGAAGAGUCGUGUAUAUCAGACAGCGACCCUGAGACGCUGACUCCUGAAGAUGUUGUUGCUAAACUGGACGCUGCAGGCUACUCAGUCCGUGGACAAUCCCUGACUCUGAGGACAGCUCGGCUCUUGGUGGCUCUCACGGAUGCAGAUAAAAGUGGAGACCUGGACGCAGUGGAGGUCUUUAAAAUGGAGCACUUCGUGGCCUCGGUGAGGAGAGAGUACGUGGAGACCUACGAGAGCAGGACUCCUCCAUCCGUCACUCAGACUCAGCUGAAGAAGGCGCUGACCGACCACGAGUUUAACAUCGAUGAUGGGACCUUCAGGACUCUGUGGCGGGAUCAUCGAACUGAAAAUGGAAUCGGAUACGACGACUUUGUGACGGUGAUCACAAAACUUCAGAUCCUCAGAGAUCGUUUCCAGGCACAACUGCUCAAUCUGCCGUGUGACUGCCAGGUGGCCAGUUUCAAUUUCAGACAGUUCAUGAGAUCAGCCAUAUUCUGAGGACUGAGGAGGAAUGAUUUCUACAAAUGAGCAGCGAUUAAAUGUUUUUCCAGAUCAUGAAUGUAAUAGUCAUUUUAUAGAAAUGUUACCUACUUUAAACACUUAUCUGCAGUUAUGUUCAAGCUUUCCCUACAAAACUUUACUGGUUUUCUUUUGCUGAAAUAAAUGUAUUUUACUACAAAAGCCAAA